AUGCCGCCGCCCAACAACCCCCGGCUGCUCCACCCCCCUCCUCCGCUAAAGGAUGGUGCUGUAAACGGCAUCACCGACGACCACAGUGGCGGCGACCAAAAACAGCAGCAGCAACCAGACCUCGUCGCCAGUGAGCCGCGUUUCCCGUCGCGGAUCCAACUAGGCAAGCACAUAAUCACCACCUGGUACUCGGCCCCCUACCCUUCGGAGUACGCGAGGUCAGUGUCGCAGAGGAUUUUCGUCUGUCCGGGACACUAUUAUUCUUUACUUCCUACCACUACAGGACGGUGUAUUUGCGCUGACACUGGUUGA